AGUAGGAAGCGGUCUGUAAAUGCGCGACCCUGCAAGUUAAGCUGUCAAAAGACUCGCCGGAGCUCUCAGGAUCAUUAUAAUCGGUAGUGCUAUUCACAUUUAAAACUUAAAAAACACGUUGUACGACACAAAUCAGACUCACAACAACAACGAUUUGUCCAGGAAUAGUUGCUUAGGACACUUCAUUUGCAGAGCGCGGCUUACCUGGACGCGCACCUGUGAUCUUCAGCUAUGGUUGAGGUUUUUUCGGGGCGAACACUCGUGAAUAAAGAGGGAGAUCUGGUCGAUCCGGAGGAAGGUCUCAGAAAUAAAGUGGUUGGCCUGUACUUCUCGGGCGGGUGGUGUCCACCCUGCAGAGAUUUUACACCACUGCUGUGUGAUUUCUUCACGGAGCUGGUGGAGGAGACCGAACCGCCUGCCCAGUUUGAAAUCGUGUUCAUAUCAUCGGAUAAAUCCGCGGAAGACAUGGUGGAGUAUUAUCAUGACAUGCACGGAGACUGGCUGGCCCUGCCCUGGUCAGAUCCAUAUAAACAUGAACUGAAGAAGAGAUACAACAUCACAGCUGUGCCGAAGCUGGUGAUUGUGAAGGAGAACGGUCAGGUUAUCACUGACAAAGGCAGAAAGCAGAUUCGGGAUCAAGGUCUGGCCUGUUUCCGGAGUUGGGUUGAGGUGGCAGAAAUCUUCCAGAAUUUUCAAGCUUAGGAAACAUGUGGACUGGUUUCAUGGGUCCCACUAAAUCCCCGAGGGCUACUGACGCUGUUGUGCGAUUUUAGCUUUAGAAAAGAGCCAGAACAUUUUUAUGCAAUUUUACAAAAGAGCUUUAACCUAUGUUUUACAAAGACGUCUAUUUAAAAAUCUUUUGCUACAUCAUUUUGAAUGUAAUUUAUACAGCUGCUUUUAUAAGAAUAUCUAUUUUCCUUAAUGCUGUGAAUGUGUGCAUAUUCUCUACUGGUUAAAUAACGUCGAGUUCGUACUUGAAGAAGAACAGCAGAUGUUUACUGGUUGUGUUGCAUCUAAGUCAUUUCUAUUCCUCAGCGUCUCAUUAAAGUUCUCAUAAACGGUC